ACCCACCAAGAGUUUUAAGUCUCUGUUGGGCCCAUUCUGAGUUUAGAUUCCAUUCUUAACCUUCUUCAUUUCCUUUCCUUUGUUUCUUGACUGAAUUGGCCACAAACCAAAGAAGAAGAAGAAGAAGAAGAAGAAGAAAAUGGCAAGUCAAGCUUUGGUGUCUUCAUCAUCACUAACAUCUUCAGUUGAGGCCACAAGACAAAUAUUGGGAAGCAGAGCAAACCAAUCAUCAUCAUCUUCUUCAAAAAGAUCAGCUUCUUUUGUGGUCAAAGCUGCUUCUACUCCUCCAGUCAAGCAAGGAGCAGAUAGACCAUUGUGGUUUGCUUCCAAACAGAGCCUUUCUUACUUGGAUGGAAGCUUACCAGGUGACUUUGGGUUCGAUCCAUUGGGCCUAUCAGACCCAGAAGGCACAGGUGGGUUCAUCGAGCCCAGAUGGCUAGCCUACGGUGAGGUCAUCAACGGUCGUUUCGCCAUGUUGGGAGCCGCUGGAGCCAUAGCACCUGAGAUAUUCGGUAAGCUUGGUCUAAUCCCAGAAGAAACAGCUCUCCCAUGGUUCAAGACAGGUGUCAUCCCACCAGCUGGUACAUACAGCUAUUGGGCCGACCCAUACACACUUUUCGUUAUGGAAAUGGCACUAAUGGGCUUUGCUGAGCACAGAAGGUUCCAAGAUUGGUACAAUCCUGGGUCCAUGAGCAAACAAUACUUUUUGGGCCUUGAAAAGUACCUUGGUGGAUCUGAUAACCCAGCUUACCCUGGUGGGCCUUUGUUUAACCCACUUGGGUUUGGAAAGGAUGAGAAGUCCAUGAAGGAUUUGAAGCUUAAGGAGAUUAAGAAUGGAAGGUUGGCUAUGUUGGCUAUAUUGGGCUAUUUUAUUCAAGGCCUUGUUACUGGUGUUGGGCCUUACCAGAACUUGUUGGAUCAUCUAGCUGACCCAGUCAACAACAAUGUAUUGACCAGUCUCAAAUUUCAUUAAGAUCAAUGGAAGAUGUUGUAUAAUAUUUUGAGUAGUAACAUCAUCACCUUUUGUUGCUAUGGACAACGAAAACCCUUUUUUGGGGGAUUUGUUUCCUUUCUUCAUCUCAUUGUUACAUUAUGUAAGAAUCUUUUCUAUUUUCCCUUUUCUUUAUCUUUUGUAAUUUUGUAAGAAAUGACUUGUGAAGAAAAAAAAAACAAUGAACUUAGUAUAUAGACAUGCUCAUAUGCUAGCUCAAA